GCGGCCACGGUGAACUCACGUAAAGAGCAAUGCAGCAAGUGUUUCUCGUCAUUGUUGGUUUUAGAUUUCAAGCCAAGCAUCUGCCAUUUACCGAAGACCAAAUAAACCGUGACCGCUCUUAGCCAAAAGUUGUGUUUAAAUUUUUCAAAAAUUUCUUUUUUUUUUUUUUGCUGUUGUUGAUUUGCUGGAUUUUUUUUGUGUGUUUGCUCCGACGUUCCUUUUGGAGGUUUUUGGAUAUCGCGCACAGGGGGCUUACUUCAUCAUCGUCAUCAGGCCGUCGCAAGACGUCCUGUUUUGUUUCGCUUGUCAAGUUGAUCGGAAACAACUGGCUGCUGUCACGUGAUGCCCAAUUCUUCCAGUGUGCCGUCAUGUCUCCUCGCGCACAUCUUGCUCGGUAGUAUCGAGUAGUAUCUCUGUGGUAUCUCACCGAUCAUUCCGCAUCGGUCGACGACACGGUGCGGAGUGGUAAGCUUUUAAAUCUCGCCUCUGCGUCCGGAGAUGAACUUUGAGCCGAGGCUCAUUGCCGCUUACUGUGUAGUCCCGCAAGUGUUUUCGUGAGCCCCAAUAUCAUUUUUUUCAUGAUGGAUAUGAACGUUUACGACACGGCGCUCUUCUCGUUCACGUUGGUAGAAGCAGCCGCCAUCGUCCUGGGCAAUGGAUUACUGGUGGUGACUUUUGUCCGACACAGAACUUUGCUUAACGCCAUGAACUGUUAUAUCUGCUCCAUGUGUUUUUCGGGACUCAUCACGGGUAUCAUCGUUCCACUCGGUUUCGGCAACUACGUCGGGCCUUACACAGUUUCGGGACUAAGUUUACCCAAAUGCUACGUUCAAAACGUCAAGACAUCCAUAUUCUUCGCUACGGCGUGUAAUAGUAUUUCCUGCAUGCUGGCCAUGGCUGUGGAAAGGUGGCGGACGCUGCUGUCGACGAAUUCCCGCCAGCGAAGAGGUCCCGCCAAUUUGACCUGCAAGUUGAUCAUUCUGGCCGGCUGGGCCGUGUCGUUUACAUACGCGUGUGUUCUUAUAUCUAUUCAAGAAGUGGAUGAUGUGCCCAUCCUGUACGAAGGUGCGGCCACCAAUUCGUGUUUGCAGGACAAUCAGACGCAGUGCUCCGAUUUCGAAUUUUGUUUCACCGUCGAUCCGGAGAAUUUGGCACUUGUCCGAAAAGUCAAUCUUGUCUCUUUAGUGGCCGUUUUCAUUAUACCCCUCUGCAUCAUCAGCGUCAUCUACACUGUCCUAGUCACGCGGCUCUUACGCAACGCACAGCAAAGUGAAAAGGCCAACCGGGGAGCUUGCAGCAUCCACCGGGCCAAAUUGAGAGCCAUGCAGGCCAUGAUCCUGGUGGUUGUCAUUUUCGCCAUGUGCUGGCUGCCCGGCCACGUUUUCUUCGUCUGGUCUCUGUCGACGAAUCCGCACAAAGUGGAGAGAGGCGCCGCGUUCCACACGGUCCCGCUCCGACUGAGACUCAUCAGCGAUUUCGUGUUCCACCUGGUCAUCACGCACCAUUGGAUCCAGGUCUUCAUUUAUCCUCGAUACAGUCGACAGCUGGCCAAUGCCAUUAAAGAGACGACCACUUUCUUUCUUUCCUGGUUCAUGAUGGACGCUUGCCGACGUCAUUGUGGCCAGGGUCAGCAGCCGACGUCGGUCAAAGCGACGAAGACGUCCAAUGCGCAUGCCACUUGCAUUUCUGCAUCUAUGGUCUGAACGUUUAUACAAACAUGGAGCAGACAGACGACAGAGAGAUAUACAAGCUUAUGGCUAUCAAUCUUACGAGUUUAUUAUCGCGUUUUUGUUCUGCCAUUGUUUUUGAAAACUGUGGGCUCCUAUGCUCGUUCUCGUUAUUGUGUAUAUACAUACAGGAGGAACUCGCACACACAAUGCAACAGCAUGCAGUCUGAUGUCUAUCGGCCGGGCCCAACGUAAACAAAUUACAUUCAGUCCCUUCCCCAAAAAAACUCCUUUAUACAAGUAACACAAUCAUUGGCUAUAUAUAGUGGAAGCGAAAGUGGAAGACACGCAGCGGAAAGAGAAGAUGGAUUAUUUGGGAAAAGAGCACAGGCCACCCAAAGUUGGACGUGUAAACAUAAGUGUACAGAUUGUGUUAUAAUAUUCGCAGAAUGGCGGUUGCUACGUCCAGCGCCCGCCUGUCCUUUAUGUACUACGAUGGCGCGGGUAUACUUGUACGUUUCGCUGUCUGUUCUUGGUUGUUUCUACACUCCACCUCACUAUCAGUUUCUGAAAUUGUUUUAUUCUCGUUUUCGUUCCUGUUAAUUGAUGUGUACCAAUAAACAUCGCGACAAAUAUAUCUAUGCACGCAAUCGC